ACCAAUCCAAUGCAGACGCUAAGCCGAUCUCAGUUGCCACCAGUCCUUCCUUCCAUCCGCCUGCCCGGGAGAGAGAGGGAGACACCACGCCGUGCCGUCCAUAGCCCUCCACCGCCGACGGCUUCGACGGCGGCCGCUGACAGUCGCAGAUCCACAAUUCCUGAGGUGGUGACAAUGUAAAUGAACCCUGUAUAUGUUUGAUCUCAACUUUCUUGGAGAAGAUCAAGAGUUUGCGAGGAGUACACCGCACCUGCUUCCGCCUGCCUGUGCAGCUGAUGCCUUUGACGGUGGCCCCUGCCCGGUGACUGCUCAGGCCGACUUAUUGUCUAGUUGGCAGAUGAACAACUUCCUGAGCUGAGGAGAACCAUCAUUGUUGAGCAUGUUUGCAGUGUUCAGGUAUUUUACGUGAUCACCUCCAGCUGGUGGCUCAACAUUGCCGCUAACAUCGUGCUUUGGAGGUGGUGUUGCGCUAGGCCCUGAUAUUUUCGUCUUCCAUCUAGCUGCUGUUGUUUUGGCAUGCUUUGCCCGCUGUACCUUCGGUGCUCGACAACCUCCUGGCUGUGGUGUCGCGAAACAUAUCAGCAACUUCCUGAGCUGAGCAUGCCGUGGAAGUGAACUGUCUUCACCUGCAACAACAAGAGGGACAGAUUGUACUAGUGAAGAGCACACGGAAAGAGAAGAUGGAGUUUGUAGUUGGUGCUUCGGAAGCCACCAUGAGGUCUCUCCUAGGCAAGUUGGGCGGCCUCCUUGCCCAAGAGUACACUCUGAUCCGUGGCGUCCGCGGAGACAUCCAGUACAUCAACGAUGAGCUCGCCACCAUGCAGGCCUUUCUUGCCGACCUCAGCUCUGCCCUGGACGACCACGAUCGCCGGCUCAAGAGCUGGAUGAAGCAGAUCCGUGACAUGGCAUACGACAUGGAAGACUGCGUCGAUGACUUUGCUCAUCGCCUCCCUAAUGACUCCCUCAGCGAUGCAAGAUGCUCCUUCAUCAUGACAAUAAUCUACGAGAUGUGGACAUACUGGCCUCGCCGCGACAUUGCUUCCAAGAUUGCUGAGCUCAAGCUCCGGGCACAACAUAUUGCUGAGCGGCGCAGCAGAUAUGGAGUGGACAACCCAAGCGCAAUCUCUAGAGUGGGAGCCCUCCAUGAUGUUACAUAUGGCAUUGCUGAGCAUAUGGUGGAGAGCCGUCAGCUCAUCCGCACGGAGAAUCCCGUCGGAGCAGAAGCAGAUAUGGAUAAACUUCGGGAUUGGCUAACCAAAGCCAGACAUGAUAAAGGCUCUCCAGCUGUUGCGUCCUUGGUCGGAUUCGGCGGCGUGGGAAAGACCACCAUUGCCACAGCACUGUACCGACAUUCAAGGAAUGAGUUUGUCUGUCGGGCGUCAGUCACAGUGUCUCAGAACUUCGACGAAGAUGAAGUCCUCAGGGAUAUUCUUGGGCAAAUCAAGCCAACAGACAGUCAAAUCAAGCCAAAAGAGGAGGUGCAGGAGGGCAGCAACACAGGAAGGUCGGAGAAGAAAAACCUAGUGGCAGACAUUAAAAGCUCGGUGAGGCGAGUUGUGCCACUGCUAUUUAGUCACAGGCAACAAAGCGACGAUGGCAGCACACAAAGUAAGAUACAAACAAUGAACCGUGACCAACUUAUUGGAGAACUCAGAAACCGCCUGCUUGGAAGGAGGUAUCUCCUUUUGAUUGAUGAUAUAUGGUCUGUAGAAACAUGGGGGGCCAUUAGAAACUGGUUGCCACAUGAUAGUGCAACAGAUAACAGAGUAAUAGUAACUACAAGAUUUCAAGCUGUUGGUGCGGCGUGCUCAGGAAGAGAUGGAACUGAUUAUCUGCAUGCAGUCAAUCGUCUAAGUGAUGCCGAAUCCAAAAGUCUAUUUUGUCAGGGUGUUUCUGAAUCUCAAAGCAGCGAAGAAAGUGAAAGAAAGGACACAAGAUCACAAGCUGUUGGUCCUGGGUCCUCCGAAGGGGAAGUUGUUGCCGAUGCCAAAGAACUGUUUAAUGAUCAUAUUUCUGUUGCGCAAAGCAGCAAAGAAAACGAAAGAAAGGAUACAAGAUCUCAAUCUGUUGAUACUGAGUCCUCUGAGCGGGAUGGAAUAAAUCACCUGCAUUCAGCUAGUGUUUCGGAUCAACAAAGCUGCAAAGGAAGGGAGAAAGAAGAGGUCCAUAUGGAUAUAUGGAAAUAUUGUGGGGGGCUUCCUUUGGCCAUAGUCACCAUGGCUGGCCUUGUGGCCUGCAACCCAAAAAAAAGUAAUGCUCAUUGGAGUAACAUUUGCAGGUCAUUAUUUCCCGAGCAGGUGGCUCCCCUUACUUUGGAUGGGGUCACAAGGAUACUUGAUUAUUGCUACAAUGAUUUGCCAGCGGAUCUCAAGACCUGCUCACUGUACUUGAGCAUUUUCCCCAAGGGCUCGAAAAUUAGUAGGAAGCGUCUGACCCGGCGAUGGAUAUCUGAAUGUUUCGUUACUGAGAAGCAUGGGCUGAGUGCAGAGGAAGUCGCAGAAACAUACUUCAAUCAGCUCGUGAGCAGGAAGAUAAUACGUCCAGUGGAUCACAGCAGCAAUGGGAAGGUCAAAUACUUUAAAGUUCAUGACAUGAUUCUCGAAUAUAUCGUGUCCAAGUCGAGCGAAGAGAAUUUUAUUACUGUUGUUGGUGGCCAUUGGCUGUUGCCAACUCCUAGCAACAAAGUCCGUCGACUUUCCAUGCAAAGCAGUGGUUCCAAGCAAGAGAAUACAACAAAAGGCAUGAACUUGUCUCAAGUGCGGUCACUGACAGUGUUUGGAAGCCAGGCCCGACGGCUCCCUUUCCAUUCGUUCAAUAAUGGAAUAAUACAAGUGCUAGACCUCGAGGGUUGGAAGGGUUUGACAGAUAAACAUCUAAAUGGCAUAUGCAAAAUGCUUGUGCUGAAAUAUUUGAGCCUCCGUCGAACAGAGGUUUCUGAGAUUCCGUCAAAGAUUGAGAAGCUCCAGUAUUUGGAAACUCUUGACAUAAGGGAGACCAAUGUUCAGGUGCUGCCCAAAGCUUUUGGCCACCUCAAACGGCUCCGUAGCAUGCUUGGAGGGAGUAAAAACCCACGGAAGGCAUUGAAGUUGCCCGAUGAGAAAAAUAAGGAGCCGAUGAAAGCACUCCGUAUACUGUCAGGGAUUGAGAUCGACGAGGACUCAUCAGCUGUAGCAAGCCUUCAUCAGCUGACAGGGCUAAGGAAGCUUGCCAUCUACAAGCUCAAUAAACGGGAGGGUUGUCAGACCUUCACACAGUUACGCUCCGCCAUCGAGUACCUCUGCAGCUGUGGUCUGCAGACUCUUGUAAUCAAUGAUGAGAACUCUGAUUUUAUUAACUCCUUGGACACCAUGUCUGCUCCUCCAAGAUACAUCAUUGGCCUGGAGCUGUCUGGCAAGAUGGAAAAACCCCCAAAGUGGAUCGAAAAUCUCGAGAACCUCUACAAGCUGACCCUUUCUGUGACAGUUCUUCAGACUCGUACAUUUCAGCUCAUUCAGGACCUACCAAAAUUGUUUACUCUCACCUUUACGCUCAGCGUAGCCAAGGAUGAUAGGGACAUAGUGGACAUCCUUGAGGAAAAUAAACAGCUUACUGAUAGGGAGAUCAUUGUUCCACCUGGAGGAUUCAAGAGUCUAAAGCUGCUUCGCUUCUUUGCAACUCUGGUGCCACGGCUGAGCUUUGCAGUUACAGGAAAAGAGGUAAUGCCAGCACUGGAGAGGAUUGAUAUGCGAUUCGAAGCCUUUGAAGGGAUUUACGGCAUCGAGACUCUUAAAAGCCUCCAAGAGGUGCAUCUCAGUGUUGGUAAUCAAGCAGAUGAAAUAACAAAGUUCUUGGUAGAAGAUUUGAAGGACACCCCUAAGUAUUUGGACAAAAAGUACGCGGAUAAGUGGCCAAAGAUAAUCACCGAGUGAAGAAGGUUGGAAGAUGUCACAUUGUCUUUUGGUUGACCAACAAAUCAUCUGGUACGUAUUGUAUAAUUAAGUGGAGGCUGUUCCUUCAAAUCCGCGUCGCCUUCUUGAGGGCUAAAUAAACAGACAUAAUCCAUUAUUGAUUCUUGUAAUGUGUGCGUAUGUGGUACUGCUAAAUCCGUUACUCAUUCCUGUAAUUUGUACUUCUAUUGUAAUCUUACUUCCAUUAUUGAUCUUUUUUAACUUGCGUUGUAAUGCUUGAAGAUUUCUUGUAUGAGACCAUACUGUAGCCAACAAGGCAUGUUUUGUGUUUAUAAAAAGCCAAUUUUUAGUC